UCCUCGUCAUCUGUUCGCUGACGCGAGGCGCUCGAGCAGAGCAGAUCAGACCGAGAGCAGCGGCCUUCCCUUCGUUUCACAGUCGACGCUGCGCGAUCGGCUGCCUCUUUUGUGAGUAGAAGGGCGGAGGCGAGGCGGGGCGUGGCGCAAGUGUCCAAUCCUGCAUUAUCCCAGUGCGCGAGCGCGAGUACGAGUUUGGUGCGGCCGUGGCGACAUGCGGUACGGAGUUGUGGGUUGCUCUCGCUUUCGCGUGCAAGUUUUGUGCUCGAGGCGACGCACGUGCAAUUGGUGUGACGUGUAAAUUCUCUGAAGGUGCCCAUUCUGUCGACCAGGACCGCAGACAGUGACGGGUUGUGGUUAUUGAUUGUGAGUUGAGUUUCGGUAGUUCACUGGGGAAGUGGAAGUAGGUGAAGGAGGAGGAGGAAGAGAAGGAUUAGGAGACGCAGAUUUGUUCAUCGACGUAGAGGUUGCCGUGCGGCCCGAGAAGUUGCAGUCGCAGGACUUCAUCAGUUGUUUGGCAUGGGAGUUUUGGCUGAGUCCAGCAAAGAAAUGUUUGAUGAGUGCUAGCAUAUUGCAGCAGGUCGAUUGUGUUCUUCGACCUGCUCUCAGUACACUCUCUUUACGUGGGAUUGAUAGGGCUUCACGUACCCAGCGGGACAUACACCACUUUCCAGGUUCCUCGGGCUUCUCCACUCUCACUCGGGCUCUCGCUUGAACUGAGACUCGGGCCAUGAUAUCCAGGAGGUGUUCUUUUGCUAAGCCAAGUGGAGGUUGAUGGUAGAAAUUUUGGAGUUGAACAUCCACAGGAUUCUCAGGACUCCGAGGGAGAUUUCCAUGGAAAGUGAGGAGGUAGUAUCUGAAGCUGCUUAUCGGAGUUUAGCGAAGAUGAUGAAUUUGAGAACCCUCAGGCUUGUAUUCUCACUGGCUAACACGAGAAGUUGGGCAUGAACGGAGAGAUGGAUUUGUAACCGGUCGGGAAUCAGAUAGCGAUAUUCAUCUUUCUAGAUUUGCCAGUUAGCGAAGAAGAUUUCCGCCCAAGGAAUGGCCGAUGCUGUUCUCCAAGAGCUGGGUAUUGAGAAUGGAAGACGCGUCGUGUUCGAUCGCAGCAGACUCCGGAUUUUGCUUUGCGACCCCAACACGUCCCCCGAAGUGGUGGAUCUUCUGCAACGAUGCUCAUAUCAAGUGGUUGCAGUGCAAAAUGCAAGACAGGUGAUGGAAGUUCUGAGGAACGGCAUGUCUGAUGUCGAUCUAAUACUGGCUGAAGUGGAACUACCCAAGAAGAAAGGAUUUAAGAUGUUGAAGCACAUCACGAAGGAAGAACGACUGAAGCAGAUUCCAAUCGUCAUGAUGUCGUCAAGGGAUGAGAUGGCUGUCGUCGUCAAAUGUCUCAGACUUGGGGCGGCUGACUACCUUGUGAAACCCUUGCGGACUAAUGAGCUGUUGAACCUAUGGACACACAUGUGGCGUAGACGGCGAAUGCUUGGUAUGUCGGAAAAACACAUGAUCAAUGGUACCCUCAACAUCAAUUUCCCCCCUAUUGACAUCUUCGUGUCCGACACUAGUGAGUCCAAUACCACCAGUACCGAUCUCUUCUCUGAUGAUAGUAACGAUCAACCUCGCCGAAGUGUCAUGGAUGUAGCCAACAGCAAACUUGCAAGCAAUUCUUCGAGCCAAAUAACCAGCCAAGUGAGUCGCUUGCCAGGUUUAGAGUUGACGCUGAAGCCUUCCUCUGUGGAUUCAACGUUGAUUGAGAAACCUGCUCCGAAAGAAAAAGUCAAUAUAGAUAUGGUUCCUUCUGGACCUAAGAAGACCGUAUUGAAAUUUGCACAGUCAUCAGCUUUUCUGUCAUACGCCAAGGUGAAUACGCAGAGGCCUGACAACCCGCCGGAACUACGGAACAGUCAUCCAGCGGACAGUGUAGUCUAUGAGCAUCAGUCUUCAUUGCAGAAGCACCCACCUGUCCAUAGCCGGCCAUCUAUGGGAAUGUGUAUGGGUCCUCCAGCUUCUCACUGGGAAGCUGUCAGUAGUAGUAGAUCGCAGGUUUUGAAUGCGAAUAUGUGUAUAGAAUCUGAUAAUAAUCCAUCCAGUCAUGGGGUUUCCUGGCCUGCCUGUGAGCCGUCCAUAUCCACAUAUCCACAUCCCCCUAGCGAACAGAUUCCCGCACCCAUGAUGCAAAUGCACACACACAAGGAAACCCUGCUGGGUGUCCCUACUGUACCUAGUCUCCCGCCUCGUCAACUUCUUCCCCCGCCCAUGGUGGCCCCAAAUAUGCACCCUUCAGUUUUGCAUGCUAUUCAUUUGUACCAUGGUUUGCCACAAGACGGAUCACUAGGCAUAGCACCAGGACUACCGCCAAUACAUACUUUACCACCACACCAGCUGGCGCCACCGGCCUCUUUUUCCUAUUACCCGAUUGCCCUUCCCGUUGGACAUGCCGCAGGGUGGCCAUCUAUGGUUAGUAUGACAGUUUCUGAGCGCAAGUUCGAGCAAGCUGAAAGGAGAGAAGCUGCAUUGAACAAAUUUAGGCAAAAGCGCAAAGAUCGGUGCUUUGAGAAGAAGAUUCGGUAUGUAAGUCGAAAGCGCCUGGCUGAACAAAGGCCGAGAAACAGAGGUCAGUUCGUGAGGAGAACGAGCGACAACGAGAUCAGUGGAGUUGUGGAUGAGUCAGAAGAGGAGUAUGAAGAGGAUGAGAACGGGUCUAAUGACGCUAUCACAGACAUGUCUCCAGAGAGGUUGUCUGAGAACUCGCUCAAAGCUCCUUCGGGUGUGAGAACAUGUUGAUUAAAUUUUUAAAGUGCUUUUGCAUACUUCUUCAAUUCUGAGGUAUCAUAUUCGAUCAUUGAAGUUAUCGAGUGGUCAUGAGUGUCACACCCAGCGCUUUCUUCACAAGUUUUGCAAUUAACCUGUAGAUCAACUCCUUCGAGUUCGUGUUUUUUUGGGAAAUUUCGUAUACCAUUGCCAGUAUUACGUUGCUGACUCCCAGCUUACUGCACGGAAAUAUUGCCUUUACAAGGAAGUUUACGCCAUAACUGCAUCGGUCUUGGAUAUCCUUGGCUAUCACUCGUUACGAGCGACGAGGUAUGAACGUAUUCCUGAAAGUAUGUCUUGCGCAGCCUGUCCCUUCAAUGUCAAACCCAAUGUCGGCGAGAUUGGUGAUGGUAAGUGAAUUGACGGUUGGAGGCUAUGUUAAGAACACCGGGUGAUGUCUCUGUCUUGACGCUUUUCAAAAUCUACCGCUUGUAUUGGAGAACCUCAACUCUUGUAUCAAUUCUUCAAUCCGUAUCGAGCUAUUUUUACACAAGGCUUCAUCUUAUACUGUGCGCGAAGUGCAUCUUGUUAAGCGAAUGUGUUUGUGCAAAAUUCGCUGGAUGCAAACGUCCUUUCUGGAGCGCUGACUUUUAACAGGUAUUUUCAAGUUUUCGCAUUAUUUACCUGGGUCUUCAAUGUCCUUAACUGCAACAGGCAUGUCCAAUUGCUUUGGGUACUUCUCUAACGAGCAUGGAGGUAUGAAGUACGGGUGUAGUUUUGUAAGGUCGUUCCCGGGGUUACCCAUAGAUACGUGCCAGGGAGAAUGAUCUCUUGAUUGAGGAGGUAAAAUUUGGCAAUCGAUCAGUCUCUCGGUAAACAGAGGUAACCCUGUAACAAUAUUUGUUAGGUAAGUUGCCAAGUGUUUCAUUCUUCUUUCGCAAGUAGAGCUGUCUCGACUUGUGUAAGUUGUAUCACUUUUCGGAGGUUACCAUUUGCCGACUGCCUUAGUUUAGCACUAUCGUGAUUUGACAUCCUUGACAUAUACGUGCAGACGUCUCCAAUCAUGAUUUGGACAUCUAAAAAAUGUAUCAAGUUUCUGCCACUUGAUGCUGGUACAGCACAAUCCAACCCCAUCCCGAGAUUCCUAUUGAUGAAGCCUUUAUAGUACUGCGAAGCACACGGAUACCCUUGUUACUAGAAAUGUUUAAGAACAAAAAGUUCCUAUUGUUUCUUUGAUCUUCUCCCCAAUUGGAAAGUGCUGCCUUGUGGCAAGACAUCACAAACAAAUUUAAGAAACGAACACGUGAAGUCCUCUUCUUAAGGCGCCCACAGUGGAUGAAAUAUGCCCAUUUCAACCAUUGUACUAUUGUAGCUCUGAAAUUGACUUCUUUUGUAAACGCAAAAUCGGUUUUAUAUUUACUCUCAAAUUUCUGUUUCGAAGAGUUUUUCUAUGCAUUCACCCAAUCUGACUAACUUCGCCACACAUGUCUUUGAAAUUUUUAAUAUGUCUGCUAUGGUUGCACAUUGUCGAGUAGCUUGAAAAGCGAAGUGGGAAAUGUCUGGAAGUUUUGCUACCUUGUAGCGCUAAAGUCGACGAGCAAGGUAAGUGAGAGAUGGAAGCGAUCCGGCAUGGCUAAGACCCGUUCCUCACACAUCUGACGUUACUCUCACUUCUUACGUUACGUGUGAACUUUGCUUAUCUCUUGGGAUGAGGCAGGAAUGUAUGUGGUGAAUAAAAUAAGGUCUGGAUUACCACGAACACGUAAUUUUCGUUUUAACCCAUAGGGUAGAGUAAUAAUGUAUGUUCGCCAGACUAUCAAACCUUCGUGAAAGGCGCAUACUUCAGUGUCGUAAGUAAACCAUGUACAUGUCCACUUGCUAGUCUGUUCACCACUGCCCGCGCGCAUAGUCUGGCGUGCAGCACACGUAGUAAAGACGUUUGGGUUAUCGACC